AUGGAGGCCAGAGCUACAGAACUACUGGGCACGUUGAAAAACCCAAACGUCUCUAUUGACGCCAAAAUUGCGGCGCUCACAAAUGUCAAAUCCGAUAUCAAGCAGAAAAAUGUCCCCGAACCAGCUGCUCUCCCCCUUUUCGAAGCUUUGCGACUCGCAAUUUCCGCUCAGCACUCGUCUCUGUCCUCCGCAGGAUUUUCCACCCUGACACAUUUUCUGAAGCGUCUUUACAUACAAGAGAACCAUCAUCUCGUACUGUUCCAUGCCCGCCAAUUAUAUCCGAUAUGUCUUGAGCGAUUGGGAGACCACAAGGAGCGUCUUCGCGCCCAAGCUUCCCAGGCUUUCACCGAUUUAUGGAUUGCGGCCCCGCAAGACGUGGAAGCGCAUGUCCUUGGGACCGCUAUGGUCGGCAAGAAUGCGCGAGCUAGGGAAAUGAGCAUGAUCUGGCUGGCUACUAUGACGAGAGAGCACAACAUCCUGUUCCGUGCGCAUGUGCCGUCGCUUGUUGCUGCACUUGAAGAUGCCGAUAGCGGUGUUCGGGAGACCGCAAAGACCACCAUCAUCGAGAUAUUCCAAAAUGCCCCAUCUCGAGCCAAGUCAGACCUGAAACGCCAACUUUCCGAAAAUGGGGUUCGCAAGUCUAUCGUUGCGGCAAUUCUCUCAAAUCUGGGUCUUUCCGACCAUGAUGUAUUAGCCAGCAGCCGCUCGGAGACACGUCGUCCGGGAAGUAGCCUUGCAGUCUCCCGUCMCCGUGACGMCCCGCCUCGACCGACUUCUGUCCUAUCUCAACGCCCACAGAGCCGGGCUGCCAUUGCACGUGAAGACUCAGAACAUACAUUGCGACCAGCUCCGAAAGUUGACCUUCAUUCGGGAUUAGCCCACAGUAUUAGUACUGACUCUCUAGCUGGCUCGGCUGCUGCUGCUUUGGAAGGUGAAUAUGUUGAGCCCAUUUUUGUGGACUCAAACCGUGAUAUAGACGAUAUGAUACGAAAUAUGCAGCCACACUUUGAGGGCAGGGAAACAGAACACAAUUGGAUACCCCGUGAAAAGUCGAUAGAGACCCUUCGAAAGCUGGUACGCGGCAAUGCUCCUCAAGCAUAUUCUCAGCACUUUCUCGCUGGCAUCAAAAGCCUUCUUGAUGGAAUUUUGAAAGUAGUCAACUCUCUGCGGACAACUUUAUCUACUGCAGGCUGUCUUCUUCUCCAAGAGAUUGCAAAGAUAUGUGGACCAGGUAUCGAUAAUAUGGUUGAGCUCUUGCUUCAAAAUAUGAUCAAGCUAUGUGCUGGAAUGAAGAAAAUCAGUGCACAGAACGGCAAUGCCACCGUCGAUGCCAUCAUUCAGAACGUGACUUAUGUUCCUCGCAUCCUUCAACAUCUAUCAUUUGCUUGCCAAGACAAAAAUGUACAGCCCCGGUUGUUCGCUGCGGGCUGGCUAAAAACCCUCUUAAAAAAGCAGGCUCGCCAUAAGAGCUCAAUAGAGCAUGGUGGCGGCCUCGAGCUCGUUGAAAAGUGUAUCAAGAAAUGCCUUGGCGAUCCAAAUCCAGGAGUCCGAGAGAGCAUGCGAGGUACUUAUUGGACCUUCCACCAGAUCUGGCCUGAUCGAGCCGAAGAGAUUAUGUCAUCGCUAGACGCCAAGUCAAAGACUCUUUUAGAGAAAGAUCCUCACAACCCCAGUGCUGCUCCUGCACCUGAAGGUCGCCCUCGUCCGGGUUUCUCACAAAGUGUUUCGGCAUCUACUCAGCGACCUAGUCUCAAAGAAACAAUUGCAGCACAGAAGAGAGCCGCUGCAGCGAAGAACAUUCCGACCCAGAAUAUCCCACCCCGUCCUGAAUCAGCACAGUCUACAUUUGCCGACACGAAGCCCACACGUCCUACCGCUCGCACUCCUGCAGCAACCAAGUCUACGAGCAGUGUCCGGACUGUUCCAACUGGAACUCAUCUCUCCUCCCUAUCGUCUGCUCCUAUGCGCCCUGCGGUAAAGCCUCGACGACCUGAGUUAGCACGACCAGCCACAGCUGAUCCAUACUCUGACCGACGGCCAGGGAGCGCAGCUUCUCACGUUAAACCAUUGAGCCCAGAGGUCAGCCCGGCAAAAGCGAGACCCAAGUCAGUUGCUACACCUAGUGCCCGAUCACCAGCACGACCUAAGUCGAGAGCUGGUGGCGCCCCAGCAAGCAGUACUGCUAGGAGCAAACCCAAAAGACUGGAUAUUUCUAGCUUGAAGAACGGCGAGUUUCGCUCCGCGGCUGGGCCUCGCAGUGACUCCGAUGAUAUUAUCAAACCCCAGCCUACGAUACAGAAUGAAAUAGUUGAGUCAUCACCACGGUACGAGGAAACCACUCAAUAUUCGAAUGUGAUUGCACUGCAUGACCACGAUGACAUGCCUACCACACCCAUCACACCCGCCAUGCCUGCCACGCAUACACAUGACGAUGUGAUGUCGCUCGAAGAGCCGCAGGUCAUUGUGGAUGAGGAACCUACCUCCUCCAAUACAAUCACAUCUCCAUCUCGAGUCCCACUUAUACACUCGCGAACAAAUAGUGUCGAGACCAAUGGCACGUCUUCUUCAGUCUUGGUCUCUCCUCGCCCACGUCAUUCACGCCAUGGAAGUGAAGACAGACCGAGUCAUAUACCGAGUCCAAUUGCGUCUCGGUCAUUAGUACUUGAAGAGCCCCGAUCCGUUGGUCUGACGGUCUAUGAGAACCCAGAAACAAAUGUCAGCCCAGAAACAUACUCUGAAAAGUUAAGCAAGAGUCCAGAAGUUCCUAAGAAGCCAGUAUUGGAAGAGAUUCCUGUCAAUGAGCCUAGCGCGCCCACGCCACGCAUAGCGAAACAGCAGUCAAUGCCUGUUAGUUCACUAAAUGGCAAUAUUGCAUCACCAAAUGCUUUGGAGAAUAGUCAUAGAAUUUUGGGAAAGAUCGGGGUGGAGAGACGUCGAAGUCUCAGUCCUAGAUCAAAGGACCCUACGAAAGCCAAAGAAAUGAUCGACAAGGGCAUCGCUCGCAUCAAAGCAAAAACUUUGGACGUACAUGGAUAUCGCAAACUUCAAGGCCUUAUCAAGUACCACGAUUCGAUAUUCAUUGAUGAGUCAAAGUAUGAUGAGAUGCUGUUGGGACUUUUGGAUGCAUUAGAGGUUCCCACAGAUGAAAAGCGAACAUCGGUGCCUCGGUCCAUGGAUCUCAAAAUUCAAAUCCUUGUGACGAUCCGACUUAUGUUUGCGUAUAAUGGAGCCUGGUUCGCUGUCCAUUAUCCUCGAGUGAUGACUGCACUUCUUAAUACACGCAAAAAUUAUGAACUUACUCACCACAUUGUGAGUGGUCUUGAGGAGACAGCAGAAGAUAUCAUUGCUUCCUGCGAGGCUGUGGAUGUGAUAUUCGCUGUUCUUGAUUUGAUCGAGACCGAAAAACAUGAUGAUGAGGGCAAUCGCGCAAUCACGAUGGGGAUCUAUAUUCUCUCAGGUCUACUCAAGCGUCUCAAUAAAGACCACAGGACGUUGAACGAGGGUGAGAUUGAACGAUUAGGACGGUUUGCCAACGCCUGCCUUGCACAGUCGCAACCCGAUAUAAGACGAGCCAUUACGGAAUUCAGUGUUGAAUUGCAUGACAUGGUGCAGAAUGAGGAGGUCUUUUGGCGCAUGGUCAAUCCCGCUGGAAACGACCAGCGCAAUUUGUUGACCUACUUUAUUGCGAAGAAGACCUCUCAAGCUGUUCGAGCGUGA